CGUGGGGUGGCUGUCUCUGCUUCCGACGUGCUAGGAUGAGAGGCCCCUUAUUUUUAUUUUUUGUUUUAUUUAGACAGAUAACCCGAGGCUUGGAGUCCUAAUUAAGGACGUCCACGGUCUUCUGGACCUAGCUCUGGCUGACUGUAUGAGGGAUCGCGUCUGACUCCAAAUGGGAAUGUCCCUGGCUUCGCCCUGCCCGUUCGGGACUACAAAUCCCAAGAUGCUCCAGGCAACCGCAGCUCUCCCUCCUCUGAGGGACACGCCUCCCUCCAGUCAGAGUCACGUCGUCUAACCUGUUCCCGGGCGACUGCCCCGCCCCGUCCUCCGCUCCCCGCCGCUGGAGCCGGAGCCGGAGCCCGAGGAAAAGCCCCCCGGUGCCAGCAUCUGCUCCGACGCGCAGGCACCCUGCUCUGGCCGGCACCAUGGACAGCGAAGCAUUCCAGCACGCAAGGGACCUUCUGGAUCUGAACUUCCAGUCACUGGCCAUGAAGCAUAUGGAUCUGAAACAGAUGGAGCUGGACACCGCUGCCGCCAAAGUGGACGAAUUAACCAAGCAGUUAGAGUCCUUGUGGUCAGACUCGCCAGCUCCUCCUGGCACACAGGCUGGAGUCCCCUCUAGGAUGUCCCGGUACAGCACCAGCCCGGUUCCCGAGCAUUUUGGCAGCAGAGGGUCCCCGCAGAAGAUGGCCACCGAUGGCAUAGAGACCCGUUUUGGACGCUCUGAGAGUGCCCCGUCCCUGCACCCUUACAGCCCUCUGUCUCCCAAGGGCCGGCCGUCUUCGCCGCGCACCCCCAUCUAUCUGCAGCCCGACAGCUACAGCAGCCUAGAUCGGGCGCCAUCGCCUAGACCCCGCGCCUUCGACGGAGCAGGCAGCCCCCAUGGUCGGGCACCGUCCCCGCGGCCGGGGACUGGCCCAGUGCGGCAACCGGGCCCCCCGACCCCCUUUGACUACUUGGGCCGCGCAGGGUCCCCCCGGGGCAGCCCUCUAGCCGAGGGGCCCCAGGCCUUCUUCCCGGAGCGAGGGCCUUCCCCACGUCCGCCCGCUGCAGCCUACGACACAUCGGGCACGUUCGGGAGCCCUCUGCUGGGCGCAGGUGGCAGUGCCUUCGCCCCGCCGCUACGUGCACAAGAUGACUCGACCCUGCGCCGGAGGCCCCCGAAAGCCUGGAACGAGUCUGACCUGGAUGUAGCCUACGAGAAAAAGUCCUCACAGACAGCAAGCUACGAACGGCUGGACGUCUUCACACGGCCUGCCUCGCCAGGCCUGCAGCUCUUACCCUGGAGAGAGAGCAGCCUGGAUGGGCUGGGGGCCAGUGGCAAGGACCACCUCACCAGCGCCACACUGCCUCGCAAUUACAAGGUGUCCCCUCUGGCCAGUGACAGGCGUUCUGACGUUGGCAGCUACCGCCGCUCCGUGGGCUCUGCAGGGCCCUCAGGCACUUUGCCCCGCAGCUGGCAGCCCGUCAGCCGCAUUCCCAUGCCCCCCUCUAGCCCACAGCCCCGCAGCACUCCUCGCCAGCGCCCCAUCCCCCUCAGUAUGAUCUUUAAACUCCAGAAUGCUUUCUGGGAACAUGGAGCCAGCAGAGCUAUGCUCCCGGGAUCCCCCAUCUUCUCCCGAGCACCCCCACCUAAGCUGCCUCCCCAGCCACCUCCCCAGCCCCAGAUGCAACCCCAACCUCAGAUGCCCCCCCAGGCCCAGGCUCAGCCUCAGACCCCAGCACCUCAACAGACUUGGUCUCCCAUGAAUGAAGGCCUCCUCAAAUCCCCUGCAGAGCUGGAGCCAGAGCCCGAGCUAGAGGGGCUACUGGCUCCCGUGCUGGAAGCCGGGGACGCAGAUGAAGGCGCUGUCACCCGCCCCCUCAGCCCUACCAGGCUGCAGCCAGCACUGCCACCCGAAGCACAGACCGUACCUGAGCUGGAGGAGGUGGCCCGAGUGCUGGCAGAGAUUCCUCGACCCCUCAAACGCAGAGGCUCCAUGGAGCAGAGCCCUGCUGCGGCCCUGCCUCCCACCCACAAGAAACAAUACCAACAGAUCAUCAAUAGACUCUUCCAUCGGCACGGCGGCCCAGGGCCCGGAGGGCCUGAGCCGGAGCUGUCCACAAUUACAGAGGGAACUGAGGCCAGGGCAGGGCCCCCUGCUCCCGCCCCUCCAGCUCCUAUCCCAUCCCCAGCCCCACCCCAGAGCAGCCCUCCAGAGCAGCCUCAGAGCAUGGAGAUGCGCUCAGUACUGCGCAAAGUGGGAUCCCCACGCAAGGCCCGGCGUGCUCGUCUCAACCCGCUGGUGCUGCUGUUGGAUGCAGCGCUGACUGGAGAGCUGGACGUGGUACAGCAGGCGGUAAAGGAGAUGAACGACCCAAGCCAGCCCAACGAGGAGGGCAUCACCGCCCUGCACAAUGCCAUCUGCGGUGCCAACUACCCCAUCGUGGACUUCCUCAUCGCCGCGGGCGCUAACGUCAACUCCCCUGACAGCCAUGGCUGGACGCCACUGCAUUGUGCCGCUUCCUGCAAUGACACUGCCAUCUGCACAGCGUUGGUACAACAUGGUGCGGCCAUCUUCGCCACCACACUCAGCGAUGGGGCCACCGCCAUCGAAAAGUGCGACCCUUAUCGGGAGGGCUAUGCAGACUGCGCCACCUACCUGGCAGACGUCGAACAAAGUAUGGGACUGAUGCACAAUGGUGUUGUGUAUGCACUCUGGGACUACAGCGCAGAGUUUGGGGAUGAGCUGUCCUUCCGGGAGGGCGAAUCAGUCACUGUGCUGCGGAGAGACGGGCCAGAGGAAACUGAUUGGUGGUGGGCUGCACUGCACGGCCAGGAAGGCUACGUGCCUCGAAACUACUUCGGGCUCUUCCCUAGAGUGAAGUCUCAGCGGAGCAAAAUCUAGGAAUGAAGGAUGACUGUAAAGGAGAAAAUACCAGCCAGCCCGCCCUCCACCCAGACCUGCCUGAUCCAUCUAGCUAAUCUGCACGCGGUUCUCCCGAGGGGUUCUGCCUACACCGGAAAUGCUCCGCUCCCCGCCCGAGAGGCUCAAGGGAGGGCAGCCCCAGACUGAAGAUUACGAAGCUGCCUUAAGCAUUGGGGUGAGGUGGGGGUGGGGACCUUUGGGGGCAGGAACUCCCACCCUGCCCCCAACAUACACACUUGCCAAAUCAGAUCUGGCUCUAAGUGCCUCCUACUGGCAGCAAGCGACUGCACUAUCCCAGCUGAGCCCCGGAGGCUACCCACCCCUCAUUUCUUCCUGAGACCUUUCCUCCUCUCUCCCAGAAGUCCCCAUUCUUCCCAGCAGCCCCCAUUCUUCCGAGAAGCCUUGGGGCCUGGGUGAGGACCCCAUCUCCCCAACCAAGUGCCUUCACACCACGUGGCUUAAUGUUUAUAAGGACAUGGGAAACGGUUUCCUUUAUAAAUAAAGGUUGUUUGCCCAGAAA